AUGUUCGGAGGAGGAAUGCCAGAGCUGCCGGCUGAAAACUAUCCAAACAAAAGAAAUAUACCCAGGAUGGACUUUCUGGUUCUCUUCUUGUUCUACUUGGCUUUUAUGCUGAUUGGUGGUGUUACGAUCUGCAUCUGUUCGAAAACCCAUUGCUUGAAAGGCCUGGUCAGAAGAGGAGCACAGAUAAUUUCGUAUAUAAUUCCAGAAUGCCUUCGGAGAGCCAUGCUAAGAUUGCUUCAUUACCUCUUCCAUACACGAAACCACACCUUUGUUUUCCUGCAUCUCAUCUUGCAAGGAAUGGUUUAUACUGAAUACACCUGGGAAAUAUUUGGCCUCUGUCAAGAGCUGGAGUUCUCCUUGAAUUACCUUUUUCUGCCUUAUCUGCUGCUGAUUCUAAACCUGUUUUUUUUUGCCCUAAGUUGUGAAACAAACCCUGGUACCAUAACAAAAGCAAAUGAAUUACUCUUUCUUCAAGUUUAUGAAUUUGAUGAAGGGAUGUUCCCAAAGAACGUGAGGUGUUCUACUUGUGAUUUAAGGAAACCAGCGCGAUCCAAGCACUGCAGUGUGUGUAACCGGUGUGUGCACCGCUUUGACCAUCACUGUGUGUGGGUGAACAACUGCAUCGGGGCCUGGAACAUCAGGUACUUCCUCUUCUACCUCUUGACAUUGACGGCCUCGGCUGCCUCCAUGGCUGUGGUGAGCACUGUGUUUCUAGUCCAGCUGGUGAUGGUGUCGGACUUGUACCUGGAGACUUACAUCAAUGACUUUGGACACUUGCAGGUGGUUGACACUGUCUUUGUUGUUGAGUACCUGUUCCUGACCUUCCCGAGGAUUGUCUUCCUGUUGGGCUUUGUUAUGGUGCUGAGCUUCCUCCUGGGGAGCUACCUGUGCUUCUGUCUGUACCUGGCCGCUACCAACCAGACCACUAACGAGUGGUACAGAGGUGCCCGAGCCUGGUGCCAGCAUUGCCCCCACGUGGCCUGGCCCCCGUCAGCAGAGCCCCAGGUUUACCGGAACAUUCACUCCCGUGGGCUUUGGAGCAACCUUCGCGAGAUCUUCCUACCUGCUGUUGCACAUUAUGAGAGAAAGAAGGAAUAA